AUGAAUUCAUUGGUCACAACGUCUUCGGAUGGACUCAAUCGACGUGAAAGAGUUGUCAAUAGGAAUGGCGACACAAAUGAGGAGAACGUGUCUCGAGUGGUGUCUCAAGAAGUGUCGCCCGAAAGCACACAAAACCAGAGUAUUAUGAAGCGAGUGGUGAGUCUAAUGGCACUCUCGAUGGCUAUUCUUGUAGUGGUUUACUACACGACUCAAUGCAAUGACACCAAAGAACUGGUGAUGGCUUCCGUCACUCAAACCAUAACGGGUUCACCGAUCGGACAGCAAGUCAUGUGUUCUCAAGACUAUACCGAAGACAGAGUUCGGUUCCCGUCGUGUGCGCCUCAAAGGUGCGGACGUUUUGUGUCCGAUUCGGUGGUCACGGAAUCGGAGGCCAAACAGUUGUUGUCAGUCGCGAAGAAAGGCCUAUCAUUGGGCGGCUCUUCGGGCGGCAACUCUUUCCUCAGCUUACAUUCGGGCAGACUUUCGGUGGGCACUAAUUCGGUGAAUAUCUAUAAACUCAUUGAACGUCAACAACAAAAGGAAGAGGACCUCAAAGAGCUGUUCACCGAAAACGACUUAGAAGUCUACAGAACGGUGUCGAACAGAAUCCGCGAAACGAUUGCCACUCAUUUCGGCGUCCCUUCGGCGCGACUAUACUUAACGCCAACCAAUUUCUUCCGCCGAAAUACGGCAAAGAGUCCCCAAAGCAAAGGCGACAAGUAUUGGGUCCGACACGUGGACAACAGGAACUUAAAGGACCUUCAGUUCAAUUCAGUGCUCUAUUUGUCGACAUAUGGCGCGGACUUCUCGGGCGGACGCUUUAUAUUCACGGAUCAGAUGUCGAACCAAACAAUUGAGCCUAAGUUGGGACGACUCUCGGGGUUCACGUGUGGCUCAGAAAACGAGCACUUCUUCGAGAGGGUCACCUCUGGGACCCGAUAUGCUCUGGUUGUUGGCCUCACGUGUGACCCUCAGGCCGCCGCCAAAGACCUACGGAUUGUUAGACCGCAGACAUGCGCUCAACUAUUUUUGAACGACAAGGAAUAG